AUGCUCGGACUUGGCACAACGCUUCGACCAGCUUUCGCCUUUGGACGACAAAUCGCUCAACUAUCAACACAUCAUGAGAAGAUGUUGAUCGUUCAGCGAGUCGGUGCCAAGCAAAACGUGGGAUUAAUCAAACUGAAUCGACCGAAAGCGCACAACGCUCUUUGCACGCCACUUAUGAAAGAGAUGCAAACGGCUGUCAAAGAGUUCGAAGAAGACGACAAAAUUGGAGCCAUUGUGAUCACUGGAAGCGAAAAAAUUUUUGCGGCAGGGGCUGAUAUCAAAGAAAUGGUAGUAAAAGAUUUUGCGACAAUUUACACGGGAAAGGAUCAUUUCCUUGAUGAGUGGAAGACAAUCGCCGAAUGCAAGAAGCCGAUCAUUGCAGCUGUUAAUGGGUUUUGUCUUGGUGGUGGCUGUGAAUUGGUUAUGGCGUGUGACAUCAUUUACGCAGGUCAUCAUGCACAAUUCGGGCAACCUGAAAUCAACAUUGGAACGGUUCCCGGUGCUGGAGGGAGUCAAAGAUUAACGCACGCUGUCGGGAAAUCUCUUGCGAUGGAAAUGGUACUCACGGGAAAUCGCAUUGAUGCAGAAACGGCAUUGAGAGCUGGUCUUGUUUCAAAGGUAUACCCAGCAAAGGAGGUUCUUGCCAAAGCGAUCGAACUUGGCGAAAAGAUUGGCGAACAAUCACCGUUGAUUGUGCAAAUGUGCAAAGAAGCUGUGAAUAGUGCCUACGAGUUGACGCUGAAAGAAGGACUUCACUUUGAAAGACGUUUAUUCCAUGCCACUUUUUCUACGCAUGAUCGAAAGGAGGGAAUGAGUGCUUUCGUCGAAAAACGAAAACCAAAAAGGAGCUUGGAUUCAAAUUUCGAUAUGGGCAACAAUCAACCCGGAGGCACAACCAAACGAGAGCGAGGCGAGAUGGGGCAAAGUCCAGGCGGGAGGACGCGCGCGAUGAGCGGAAACCCGCCACCCAACUUAAGCAGUUCGGCCGAAGAUGGAUGUCCUGUACAGGUGAAAAUUGCGAAAAGCCUUGACGAUUCGAAUGGCUCCCUUCCGAGUGUGGCCACACUGACUGUGAAAGAUAAAAACGAGUAUCCAGUGGUUUUUAAGUGGCAUGGUGGAUCACAAUCGGGACCACGACAAGUUUCUAUCUGUGGUUCUUGGGACAAUUGGAGACGAAAGAUCCCGCUAGUGAAAUCGCAGAACGACUUCACGACAAUCGUCGAGUUACAACCAGGUGACCACGAGUACAAAUUUAUGGUUGACGGGAAAUGGGUUGUGGAUGAUAAUCAACCAAAAACCGACAACCCAAUGGGUUCCGAGAAUAACGUAAUCCACAUUGAUGAGGCUGAUUUUGAGGUUUUUGAUGCGCUCGAUAAAGAUCUUGCCUCGUCGAACGCCGGUGAAGCGAUGAGAAACUUGAACAAGGCUCCUACCAGCCAUGAUACACCAAAUGAUCGUGAAUUGGAAAAAAUGCACGCUUUUUCACAGGAAGUCCCGGAUCGCAAAGACUUCGACAAAGCAGCAAAUCCUCCUGUACUUCCACCUCAUCUUCUGCAGGUUAUUUUGAACAAAGAUGUGCCCGUGCAAUGUGAUCCUAAUGUCCUUCCCGAGCCAAAUCAUGUCAUGCUUAAUCACCUUUAUGCGCUCUCGAUCAAGGACGGUGUGAUGGUGCUUUCUGCAACUCAUAGGUACCGCAAAAAGUAUGUGACCACUCUCCUCUACAAGCCGAUCAGU